AUGCUACGCCUUGUGUUUAAACGAUCAUUAUCUACUAGCUUCAGAGUUCUGACUGCAGAGGCUGCUACCACCGCUAACGCUUCAACCAAUAUUAAAUCUUCAUGUCUUGCAGGGACAUCAUUGAACCUGAACAUUAAAAAGAAUGGAAAGGAUCCAAUAGCAUUGGAAGACAAUGAAUAUCCAGCUUGGUUAUGGAAGGUAUUAGAAUCUAAGGCUCCAAAGGAGGCUUCAGAUUUAUCAGAGCAAGAAGUUCUUGCUAUGAGAAAGAAACAACUACGAAAGGAAAAUAGAAAGAAAAUCAAACAAAAUAACUUCUUAAGUCAAUUAAAAUAG